GAUGGACUACACAUCUUUCGCGCACCCAAAACUACAGAAAAAUUGCGGGAAAAAUUAACAGAAAAUAAGUACUUCAGUACUUCACUCCAAUUGUGCUUCAAAUACCAAAUUUUUUCAAAAUUGUUGUGCAAAUGAAUUCAAUUUUACUUUAGUUUUUAGAGAACUAAAGGUUUUCUCUGAUUUUUAGCAAAGUUUCACUGAAACGUAAUAUUUUUGUAUCGAAAAAUCCGAAACUUCUUUUCUCUGCGAACAUUCCCAAUAAAAACUAAAAAUAAACUCCGAUAACAAAAAUAAACCAACGAUUCAAUCACUAUUUCAACCCUAAACAAGUCAAAAAUCUCAAUAAAUACUAACACCUCUUCCAUGACAUUUCGACUCAAGAAAUAACAAAUAAGAAAAGCUUUCAACCCAUCAAAUAAACGUUCAUAAAAAUUCGGUGAACGGAAGUGGUUUUCCACCAACGCAUUUAGUUUACCAGAGGCCGGAGACCCUUGAAAAAGGGUUCUCACUGAAAAAAAUAAAUAAAAGCCCCUCCCAUGUGGUUGAAACGAGCGAGAUCAUGCGACACCGAGUGAGAAACGUGAACAGUUAAUUCGAGUGGUGGAAGAUAAGAAGUCUUCAGUGCGUAUCGGCAAAAGAAGAGAGAAAAGCGAAGGAGCCAGACGUGCAUAAGAAAGCACCGAAGGCAGAACAGUUUCAUCGGGUGUAGCAUUACCGAUGUGUCAGUCAAAUUGUGAAUAACAAUCGCCACCAAUCUAUGCAGUCUCAAUUGAAAUAUCAAUAAACGACAGUUAAUUAUUGACAGGAAUUGCUUCGCAAAUAUUAUUCGCCGAUAGAAUUUGGUGUUGUGAUUUUCGAGCACGUUUUUCGAUAUUAGAAUUGAAUUUCUAUUUUUAGUUCGAUGAGAAUUUAUAAAUCAAAGUGCGUCUGACGUACGUCCUUAUCGAUUCUCAAUAAAGAGGGAAGAGUGAAAUUGUGAGAAGGAACGUGCAAUUUUUUGCAUGUUGAGUGAAUCAUUCGGCCAACACGUGUUGGAGAAGACGGUUGAGAUUGCCAAGUGAUACAGGGUGUUGGAUGAAUGGUUGGUGAGGCACAUCGAGGGAUUAUUGAGAAGGUUCGAUGAUGAAUGGCACGGAUGUGGCGAUUAUACAGGAGGGAGGAUUGGAGGGACACUUUUCAAGACCUCUCACCAUCAUCGCCGCUGCCUGUGCGAUUCUCUUCAGCAUCGUUGGGGUUUUCGGAAACUUGGUGACUGUAAUAGCACUUUUGAAAUUUACUCGUUUACGUCGUAACGCAACGACAGCAUUCGUCAUAAGUCUCAGUAUCUCAGACCUGAUCUUUGCAGCUGUUAAUCUACCUCUGACAGCAAGCAGAUACUUGCACGAGGCAUGGAUACUGGGUGAUACAUUAUGCCAGAUAUUUCCGGUGUUUUUCUACGGAAAUGUGGCGGUCUCAUUGCUGAGUAUGGUAGCGAUAACAUUGAAUAGAUACGUCCUGAUAUCAAAGCCUGAGAUCUACCCAAGAAUCUACACAACACGCGGAAUAACAUUGAUGCUGAUAGCAAUAUGGGGAUUAAGUUUUUCAUUAUUAUUACCACCACUCACCGGUAUCUGGGGCAGAUUAGGACACGAUCAGCAGACAUUCUCCUGCACUAUUCUGAAGAAAAAUGGCAAAAGUCCUAAGAAGAUGCUCUUCAUGAUCGGCUUCAUCGUUCCUUGCGUCGUGAUAAUAGUCUCGUAUCUCUGCAUCUACUGGAAGGUCAGGGAGAGCCGGAAGAAGCUCGAGGCACAUGCAGGAUCCAAAAGGAACACUGGAUUCCAAAAGAGGGAAGACUCCAGGGUCACGAGACUCAUGCUCAUAAUAUUUCUCUGCUUUCUUCUAUGUUUUUUCCCACUUAUGCUCGUCAAUGUCAUCGAGUUCAAGGCACCAGUUGUCCAUGUAAUUGGGUCGAUUCUUGCAUGGGCUUCGUCAGUCAUUAAUCCAUUCAUUUAUGCCGGCACUAAUAAGCUGUACAGGGAGGCUUACAGGCAACUUCUGUGUCCGAUAACCAGUAUGACUAAUGUCCCUGGGGUCAGACCAACAUGCUCACACUCAAGCAAAGCGUCAGCUCCACAGAUCAAGUGAAUUAGAAUUUUUUGUGUCGAAGUUAUUAAGGCUCAUCUUGUUAAAUCCGUCGAGUUCUUAAUUGAUGAACGUUCUUAUUUUUUUAUGACGGAAUCUCUUGUAGUUUCGUGAAUCAUUAGCUGCUGUGAAUUCAGGUUGGGGAUCGAAGCUCCAGGACCUAAUGGUGGGAUGAGGAACAGUGUAAAUAGUGGAUGUACAUACAGGGAUAAAUGUGCUUGAAUUGAGAAUUCUUUGAUUUGGGAAUUAUGGCAUUGGAUUGUGGAUUUUGAUAUUGUUAAAGCAGGUUUCUUUGACUGGUUGGAUAAGGACUGAUGAGUUUGAGAAUAAAUUGCUGAGUCCAAGAAUCGCUUUUUGCUCGGAGAAUAAAUAUUUUGCAUAAUGAAUAGUCUUACUUCAAGAAUAACGCAUUCUGAAUUCAAGACUUGAUAUUAUUAAUAAUUCAUAUAACUGUCCAUAACUCGAGAUUGAAGAUUGUUGACUGAAGAAUAAAAUUUCCCGUACUCCAUAUUUAACAGAUUCCACGAAUUAAGACUCUGAUUCAAUUGAUAUUGAUAGUGUAUAACAAUCUUCAUUGAAGGAUAACGCUGAAUUCAAGAAAUCUCAUUAUUGCAUGGAUGAUAUCAAAAUAAAAAUGAUUUUGAAAUCUGGAGAACGCAUCCUGAAACAUACAUGAUUAACUCCAAACUGAGAAUUCUUAUAUUCACAACUAAAAAAGUAUUAAGUCCUUAAUACAAAAAUACACUUCCUCGUGU